AUGCGAUACGACUCGACGCUGGGAGCCGCUUUGAUCGGUGGGUUCAUCGCAGCUAUGUCCUACGGGAUUAUGUGCCUGCAAACGUAUAACUUUUUUCAACGAUACGGUCGAGAGGGGACGGUGCUGAAGCACGUAAUCCGCACUUUAUGCGUCCUGGUCACCGACUUUGGCAAUAUCGCCGCGCUAACCACUAGUCCGUGGGGGGAUUACGACAUUGAUAGUUCAUUGCUCGUACUGUCACCGCGUCUGGAAGUUAAGCGACAACAGCCCCUUCCCAAUAAUCCUUCUGUUAUGUACGGCUUUCGCGACGUUUGCCUUGAACUUGAAGAUCAUCUUGAUUACAGCAUUUUCAUUGGGUUAGUACCUCGGGCUCUCGACCAUCUUUUCACACCUGAUACUUUGCGUUGGCUCCUAGCGUCAGACAUCAAGCUGCUUAUUCUACCAUCCUUUGCCUCUUACAAAUCAACUGAGUGGCUGCUUUUCGCCGCGCUCGUAUGCAGUAGCUUUACAGACCUCUGCAUCGCACUGUGGCUGUGUUGGUGGCUUCUAUGCCAGCGCCAAGGGCUGAGCGACCAGACUCAUUCAAUGAUUAACAAUAUCAUCGUCUAUACAGUCGCCACAGGUCUCAUUACGAGUCUCGUCUCCCUCACAGAAUUGAUCACGGCCGCGACUUUACCCAAUAGUUACAUUUUCAUCGGAAGUGAGCGUGCCAAUAAUCUUGAAAGCUCCUGUAUAUUGACAAGCGCAGUUGAUUUCUUCGUGGGUGGAAUGUACACGAACUCGCUGAUGGCCUCGCUGAACGCCCGCGACCGCUUCCAGAGAGAUCUGCGGCCUCAAGCAACCGUUGUCACAAGCCUGCAAUUCGCCCGUGAUCCAACGAUAAUCAAUUUAAUCAAGGCUAUCCAGAGCAGCGCGGCGGUUGUGUCCGCAGGGUCCGCAGUGUUCCAGGAGCAUGUACCGCCCGAAGUGAUUGUCGAGAAAGCCGAGGUAUAG